AUGUUCUCGACCUUCAAACCUGCUGCAGUCCUUGCUCUUGUGGCCGUGGCGUGCAUCGAGGCUUGUGGUGUUGAUCAAUCUCUAGCGGCCCGCUGUUUGACCGAUGCCCAUCCCAUCAAGUACCAACUUGCCCAAGCUGUGGCUCGUAUUCGCACCAGUGUUACAUACUGCACAGCGUGGCUGUGGGGGUCGGAAGGCCACUUGGUCACCAACCACCACAACAUCCGGAACGAGAGCGUGGCCAAGGAGACCCGAGUCGAGCUUGGCUCCGAGUGCUCGACUUGUGCCGACCCCGGCAAUGAUGACCAAGGUGGCUGUGUUGGAACACUUGUCGUCGACAGCACCACGCUUGUGUUUACGGACUACGACUUGGACGUGUCGUUGCUCAAGUUGAACUUAAACCCUGGUGUGAACUUGACCCAGUACGGGUACUUGCAAGCCCGCGCCGCGAACGUCAC